CACAGCCUUACCUCCGUGGCCUGACUGAACUAACGCUGCGCUCGAUUUGUGUGGAUUCCUAUUGGAAGUUUCACUUAGCAAUGGUAAAUGUGACUGCACUUUUACUCUGAACAGAAUGCUCGCAUUGUUAUUCUUUGAGCUCCCCUUGAGUUUUUUUGUUGAAAGAUUAUAAGUUAUCUAUCAGAGUAACAAGCAUAGGGCAAAUUGUUUAUGCUAAAUCAACCUCGAAUCAAAAUGUUUUUGCCCUAAUUCCAACUGACAUGAGCUCUAACCAUUUUUUUUCAAUCAGGGCCAGACACAAUGAUGAAACCUCAGUCCUAUUAUCCUUGGCACAGUUGCCCACCAUAUGGAGAGCAUGACUGGAUCGAACCACUCGCUGCAACACAUGGGCCAGGCACAGUGAUGAAAUCUCAGUCAUAUUAUCCUUGGCACAGUUUCCCUCCAUAUGGAGACCAUGAUCCUACUGAACUACUCCCUAUAACCCACAUAUGUCAGUAUAAGGAGUCAAUCAAACGGAAAUAUGAACAUAGGAAUGAGAGCAGUUUCUCUAGUGAAAGAGUCUCACUGGCUGCCCUCUACACUGAACCUGUGAUUAUUCAGAAAAAUAAAAAAGGCCGUUUUCAGAAUAUCAAUGUGGAGGAGUUGUUUAAUAAAUCAGACAUGCAUAUGUAUUAUCCAGCAUCUGUCAUUCUUCAAGGAAAUUCUGGUAGUGGAAAAUCUUUCAUCUCUCAAAAGAUUAUAUUGGACUGGGCAUCUGGAAAUCCUUACCUCAGACACUUUAAUCUAGUUUUCUACCUGAGAUGUGAAGAGCUGAAGUGUCUUUCUGCGGAGAUGAACUUGAUUGAGCUCUUGAGCUGGAAUUGUGGUUUAUCGUCAGAUCAGAUCUCAAAGAUGUUACAGAACUCAUCACAGAGAGUGCUCUUCAUCAUUGACGGAUUUGAUGAUCUUAGAUUCAUGCAUUGUGAACUCUGCAUUUCAUCCAAAUUACAGAAAGCCCCACCUGAGGUCAUAGUUUAUUCCAUUCUUAGUAAACGAAUCCUGCCCAGAUGUGUCCGGCUGAUCACUACUAGAACUGAGGUCCCACAGGGAAUGUUGCUCAAAGGACAUCAGCGUUUCACAGAGAUUGUGGGUUUCUCUGAGAAGGGGGUGAAGGAGUACUUCCAGAAGUUCUUCCAGAAUGAGGAGCUCUUCAGGAAAGCCUAUGAAUGUGUGAGAGUAAAUGAAACUCUCUUCACUGCCUGCUCCAUCCCUGUCAUCUGCUCGAUCAUCUGCACAGUUAUGCGAGAGAGGUUCAGUGAUGGUGCAGAUGUGACGAGUGGACUGGAAACCACCACCUCUAUCUAUCUUGACUUUGUGUCCACUCUACUGGAGAGUCACUGCCAGGGUUUGAGUCAGUCUGUCCCGAGUCUGCUGAGGAGUCUGGGUCAGCUGGCAGAGAGAGGGAUGCUGGAACAACAAGUCUUGUUCGAUGAAAAAACUGUUUAUGACACAAUUUCAGACUCUGCUGACAAACCAUUCCUGUUCAAAUUCCUCUUAAGGAGAAAAAUCCACCAGGAGACAAUGUUCGGUUUCAUGCAUUUCAGCUUUCAGGAGUUCUUCACUGCUCUCUACUAUGUCCUUCUGGAUGAAGCAGAGUCUCAGAGGAAAGUGAGAGAGCUGCUUCACACUGUAGAGAGAGCAUGGGCUUUGUCCUGUUGGUCUGAAAGGGACUUUUCAAAGGCAGAUGUAGAAGUAAGACAUGCAAAUCUGCUGCAGCCUGUGAUUCUGUUCCUCUGUGGUCUCUGUAAGAAAGAAUGGAUCUCCUCAUUCUUUGAAAAGCAUAACAUGACCCUUUCAAUUAACAUAGAAACCCAGCUUAAGGAAUGGAUCCAUCAGUGUUCACAGAUAUAUCAUAAUGAACACAUGCUGUUCAUUCUCCAUUGCCUCUAUGAGCUCCAUGAGAAGAGCUUUGUUGGGAAAGUUUUGGAACAUUUGGUUUUGAUAGAUCGGUUUAAUAUGCCUCUGAAAAGUAUAGACGGUUGGGUGUUGAAAUAUGGUUUAAAGUGCUGUGAACACAUCAGAACCCUGAAAGUUGAGAGUUCAGAUUCACAAUCAAAACAAUCCUCAGAACAUGCAGAAGAGUUCAAACCUGAACAUGUUCAGAGAGAUGAUGAGGACAAACGCAAGAAUACAUACAGUUAUUACUUGAUGAACAUGUUUGAUCUGUCCUCCAGGUUUGUGUGUCCACAUGCUGGUCAGUUUAAGUGCAGUCUGACCAGCCUCGUGUUUGUGAUGGCGAGUGAAGGAGAGGUGCUGUAUAGAGUGGUCUCAUGGAAUCCUGGUCUGUUAGAUGGUUUGGGUCAGAUGAAGCCUGCAGGACCCUUGUACAAUAUUGACUGUUUUAAUGGUUCAGUUUCAGGAUUGCAUCUUCCUCACUGUGAAAUAUUCUGUGAGGAAAACAAAGACAAUUUGGCUGUAGCACAUUUCACUAGCGGCAAUGUAGAAAUAAUGAAUCCUCUAAAAGUGACUGAAUCUCAUGUGAUAAUUGACAUCAGAGAUCUCUCCCACUUUGGCAUCUUAAAAAGGAUGAUCUUUCCUCCUUCUCCUGUCAUUGCCCAAGUACUUCUCUUUCUACGACCUAUAACUGUGAAACAGAGUGAAAACAUACUGGAUGUCCAUUUACUCCCCUGGAACGUUCCACUGUCAAAGGUAAAGGACCAGCACACAGAGAAUACACACAUCAAAACCAGUUCAAAGUGUUCACUUAUUCCAGAAUCAGAAUACCAUCUGUGUUGUCAACCAGAAGAAUCUACAGUGCAGCCGGCGUCAGAGACGUUUGAGUGUAAUUAUGGUCCAAACUAUCAUCCCACAUUUGAAGUUUUUGUGGAUGUUAACAAAGAGGAAAUCGUACUGAGUCUUUUGGAUAAAACAGAAAGGGAAGUGUGGGAACGACGUCGAAUACCUCUCACAGGAAUAACAUCAAGCGAAGUUGGAGAACCUCGUGCUAAAAGGCUCACAGAAUGUGAAUUUGUGAAAAAACACCGAGAUGUACUCAUCCGGAGAGUUUCAUCAGUGAUGACUAUUGCUGAUGGUCUGAAGACAAAAGACAUGAUUCCAGAUGAAAUCUACAGUAAAGUUCAUGCUCUAGAACCACGACAGGAGAAAACAAGACUCUUGUUAGAUGCUCUUCACUCCGGAGGAGAUACUGUAAUAACAGAAUUCUAUAAACUGCUGAAGAAUGAGGAACCUCAUCUAGUGGAUGAACUAAUGUCUGGACCCAGUAGACCACAGCAAUUCUGAGAAAUAAAUAUUUCACUAUACAUUAUAUUACUUCUAUGUACUCCAUAAGUUUGCAUAAAAACCUGAUGAUCCUGAUGAUUGUGUU